UCCCCUCAGGCCCUCACCUCCUCCCCUCUCCUUUCUUCUACUUCUUCCUCACGAAUCCUCCUCUCCCCUCUUUGCGAGUCUGUGUGGCCUGCAACUCCGGCGAGGGCGUCGACGGCAACUUCGGUCUUCGGUGCUCCGGCAAAAGGCCGUGAGGGACCGAAGACCGGCGAUGGCCGCCGACGACUCCUACAACAAUGAGUUGCGGUCGAUGGGCUUUCGCGGAGAUGAUGAGGAUGACCUGUCUGCGGAUGCCGCUGAGUUGUUUGGGAGCAAUGCUGCCAUCGACCUGGAUCCAGAAGGCCUUCCUCAGGGGACGGCCGCUGGAUCUGGCACUGGCAGCGCGAGCACCGCCGCUGCCACUGAGUCUGGCUCGACCAGGAAGAGGAGGGCGUCCACCUCCAAGGUCUGGAAAGACUUUGAUGAGAUCUAUGAGGUAAUUGAUGGUAAGGAACGUCGAACUGGUGCUAGAUGCAAGCAUUGCAAGAAAAACCUCACUGGUAAAUCAACCCAUGGUACUGGUCACUUGAAGCGGCACAUUCCUAUAUGCCCUGUUUUGAAAUCUCGUAAUGCCAUGACUCAAACUCAACUUAAGUUUAAUCCUGAUGGCACUGUGCACCUUUGCGAGUACAAACCAGAAGUAGUUCGUACUGAGUUGUGUAGGUUAAUUGCUCGUCUUGACCUGCCUAUUUGCAUUGGUGAGUCUGAUGCUUUUGAAGAGUACAUUACUACUGCUCAUAAUCCUAAAUUUGCUAAGUCUGGCAAUGCUAAGGAGGAUUACCUUAGUGUGGUCGCUCAUUUUGUGAAUGCUGAUUGGCAAAUAGAGAAAAGGAUCUUAGGUCUCAGGUUGAUUGAUGUGUCUCACAAUGCUGAGAAUAUUGCUGAGCGUAUUACUUCUGUUAUUGCUGAUUAUGGGUUAACUGAUAAAAUCUUUGCUGUUACACUGGACAAUGCUGCUGCUAACACUAGGGCUAUUAAUCAACUUAAUCCUGUUUUGUCUGGUUAUGUUGGUAGUUUGUUCCUGCAUCAAAAAUGUGCUUGUCAUAUCAUAAAUCUUAUUGUUAAGGCUGGUCUUGAAGUGUUUAAGCCAAUACUUGGUGCAUUUAGAUCUGCUAUAUCAUUUCUAAACUCAUCUAACCAGCGCAUUGCUGCAUACAAGUCAUAUUGCAUUGCUGUUGGUGAAAGACCUCGCAAGUUUGGCUUGGAUAUGGAUUUCUAUGAUUCCACUGUUGUUAUGUCUGGUGUUUAUUACCCCACAUCUCCAUUAAUAUUGCAUCAUGUUCUUGAGAUAGCUAGCCAUCUAAAUAAUUAUGAAAAUGAUAGAGACUUAAGAUCAGUUGUGGUUCCUAUGAAAGAUAAGUUCUUGCAAUACUGGUGUGACAUACCCAUGCUCUACUCCUUUGCAUUUAUACUAGACCCUAGGGCUAAGCUGAAAGGUUUCACCAAUGUUCUUAGACUUCUAUCUCAGCUUAAUGGUAAUGAUUACUCAUGCUACUUGACUGAGGUAAGGGCUGAGUUGUCUGUUAUUUUUGCUAAGUAUGAUGAGAAGUUUGGUGGUGUAAGGUUGCAAAGGGCUGCCCAACCAGGCCCUACAGGUAAGAGAAAAACUGCUUGGGGAAGAAUCUUUGGUGGUGAGUCUUCUUCUUCUGGUUCUAGUUUGUCUGGUACUACUCUUGGUUCUGUUACUAGUCUUGGUUCUGGUUCUACUUCCUCCUUGCAUAGAAGAACCUCUGCUAGUGCUCUGUUGCAAGCUGCAACUUCUGGUGCUUCUCUAUCAUCUGGUUCUGAAUUGUCUGCCUACCUGGACAGUGAUACUGUUAACCAGUAUGAUGAUGAUUUCAAUAUCUUGAACUGGUGGCAUGAGCAUAAGCUAUCAUAUCCUGUUCUUUCAAUUCUAGCUAGAGAUGUAAUGACUGUUCCUGUUUCAACAAUAUCAUCAGAAUCUGCAUUUAGUAUGACUGGCAGGAUUAUCGAGGAGCGACGACGUCGUCUGGGCCCUGAGGUCGUGGAGAUGUUGGCUCUGAUCAAGGACUGGGAGCAAGCCGAUGCAAGACUUCAGCAUCUCAUAGAGGAUGAAGAACUUGAAGAAUCAUUUGAAAACUUAUAUCUCGAUGUUGAAUCUGUAUAA